AUGGCGGUUUCUAGGGAUUUUGGUAUCUCUGCGGCAUUGGGUUCUUGUCCUUUUAAGCACCACCGCCUGGGAAGCUCUUUCCAACCUUCUAAGGUAACCUUUAAGGGUUGUUAUGGUGGAGGAUUAGGUAGCACAUGGGAGAUGACACAACCAACCUGCUUAAAUUCAAAAGGUUUCAAGUCUAACUGUCUCUAUAACCAAUCGUUCGAGAUUGCAAAAGACAGUGAACUUAUUCCUGAACCUGUAAGCCAAGAAACAGAAGGCUUUCUUCUUGAUGCUAUCAAUAUGAGCUUCUUUGAGCGUCUAAACUUGGCAUGGAAGAUAAUGUUUCCUUCACCAUCGACUAGAAGAAAUUCCAAUGCAAAGAUUGCCAAGCAACGCUUGCAGAUGAUCCUGUUAUCUGAUCGAUGUGCAGUAACUGAUGGUGCAAAGCAGAAAAUUGUGAGCAACAUUGUGGGCGCUCUAUCUGACUUUGUGGAGAUAGACUCACAGGACAAAGUCCAGCUUAGCGUCUCAGCAGAUUCAGAAACAGGCACAGUCUACUCUGUGACAGUUCCUGUUCGGCGCGUGAAGCCUGAACAUCAAGCCGUGGAUGAGCUUGGCGCCAUGACAAAUGUUGAGUACAAGGAUACCGGGAUGUCAUCAAAUUCUGUUGAUGUUAAGUUUGAUUUCUACAUCCCUAAGAAGUCUGCGUAGAAUCCAUGCUCAUUGG